AUGGGCAAAGCAAGAUCACUCAUCGACGACAUUCGUAACUAUAUAAAUGUGACAUGCUAUACUCAUAUAAAAUGCAAUCGUAUUGGAGGAGAAUGUCUUGAUUGGCGUGAAAUUUGUGAUGGUAAAAAUGAUUGUCUUGACAGUGUGGAAGAUGAGAAGAAUUGUUUAGAACUCGAAAUUAAUGAUUGUGCUGAUGAAGAAUACCGUUGUUAUAACGGCAUGUGUAUUUCGGAUAGUUUUCUUCGAGAUGAUCCAUUUAAUCCUGAAUGUUUAGACGGUAGUGAUGAGCAUGGUGUAAUUGAUUGCUUUGAAAAUCAUGAUGAAUUACAUAAUGAAUCAUGUUUUUUUCACGACAAACAUCGUGUUAAUUGUUCGCAAGACUCUGAUUAUUGUAUAAAAAUCUCAGCAAUACUUAAUAACAAACUUAUACACUGCGGUACUGAUUUAUUGAAUUUCAAUUCAUAUAAUUAUGAAAUUGCAUUUCCGACACUUUGUAAUAGUUAUCUACAAAUCAACGAUCUACUGGGAUUGUCAAAAGAUCAAGAAACUGACGAAAAUCAUUGUGAAUGGUGGCCCUGCAACAAUCAAUAUACGCGUUGUGAUACGAGUUGGACAUGUGUAAAUGGCGCCGAUGAAUGGAACUGUCCGCAGUCCACUUGUCCUUAUAAUCAUAUGCCAUGUAUUUCACCCAAUACGUUCACUAAGUUUUGUUUGAAUAUCAGUCGCAUUGGUGAUAAUAUUCAAGAUUGCUUGGGUGCAACGGAUGAACAAGCUUUUUGUCGUUCUGUAUUUCCACUAAUGGAUUGGAGAUAUAAAUGUUGGGACAGUCCUGUGUGCACCCCUAUUUAUUUUAGACCAUUACCUGACUAUCUUUGUCUAGAUGAAAAGAUAAAUGAAACUGAAGCAGACGCAUUGCUACCAUUAUCAUCAUUUUGGCUUCGAAAUCCUACGUACAGUAAUUUUGGACUCGAAUCUCUACCUCUUACUGUUACAUCCAAAUCAUUUGAACAAAGCAGAUUAUCGCUUAAAGAGAUUGAAAAUCCAGACUUUCAUUUAUUACCUCGAAUUAGUUCUUCUGAAACUGAUAACGUUACAUCGAAGCUGGGUCCUUGUGAAGCUUGGUUAUGUAAUCGUGGUAUUUUGAUUUUAAAGGAAUUAGAGAGGAAGGAGUACUGUUUAUGUCCACAAAGUUAUUAUGGCGAUCGAUGUCAAUACCAAAGUGAUCGGGUCAGUAUUACGUUACAAUUUCGACGGCAAACGAUACCUGAAAAUAUUCAAGAAGUAUUUAGUUUUGUAGUUAAUCUAUUUGAUAACAACGAUGUUAUUCAUUCCAGUGAUUACUUCACUUAUUUGCCAAAAUCUAGUUGCAAUACAAAAUUUAAUCGAUAUUUAUUAUAUGACAGUCCAGCAAAAGAUAAGACAAAAAAUUAUACCGUACGGAUCGAUUCCUAUAAUCGAAUUGAUCCUACUCAUUAUGCAAGUUGGCUUCUACCUAUAAAGUUUCCCUUUCUUCCGGUUUAUAGAAUCGCAUUUCAUUUGACCCUCCCUAUGAAACAGAGUGUAAUGGUGAGAGAAUGUCCAAUGAGUUGUGUACAUGGAUAUUGCACUAAGUAUAUCAAUCAGCUCGAACAAUCUUAUUACUGUCAAUGCUAUUCAGGCUGGUCAGGAUCACGCUGUACUGUUCUCUUAAAUUGUAAUUGUUCGAACGGUUCUUUUUGUGUCGGAGUCACUCGAAAUAGAGCCAUCUGCGUAUGUCCAUUGAGAAAACUUGGUCCUCGAUGUUUUCUCCAAUCUGUCUGUUAUACUGAUACAUGCAAAAACGGUGGUGUAUGUGUACCAACCGAUGAACGCAUAUCGUCGCAUCCUUCUUUUACUUGUAUGUGUUCAAAAGGUUUCUGGGGUUUUAAUUGUGAACUAAAAGAAACCAAAAUUGUGAUCUCAUUUAGCAAAGAAAUAGAUAUUCCACAAUCAAUUAUUGUUCAUUUCAUCACAGUCAAUAAGAAAGCCGACCCGACACGAAUAACUACACUGAAAAAGGUACCAUCAGUUGUCAAUGAAGUAACAUUAUUAGUAGCAAAGCCCUUUAACCUUCUCUUUGCUCAAAUUCAGUCCAACUUUUACCUUACUUAUCUUCAAAAGAAUUCAACGCUUACAUCUUCCGGAAUUAUUUUUGGUGAAAUUUCUGUUUCACGUCAAUGUUUUCAUAUUCGUCAAUUAUUCGAUGACAACGUAACAACUACGUAUCCUCUUCUUCGCCGUGUUAAAUACUACCACAUUCCUUGCGAUAAACGACCUGAUCUGUCAUGUUUCUAUGAUGAAGAACAGUUCAUGUGCUUAUGCAAUGAACAUCAUCAUGCUAAUUGUUUUAAAUUUGACUUUAAUAUAACAUACAACUGUUGGGGUCGUAGCGAAUGUCAAAAUGGCGCUGCAUGUUAUCAAGAUGACCCAAACUGUCCAACUGAAACGUUGUGCGUGUGUCCAGAAUGCUAUUAUGGCACAAUACUGUGCCUUCUUGUACUGGUCCAAACAGGGAUCAGUCACCGUGUUAAAGGAUCUUCUACUGGACAUCGAAAUAUCGGAACUAAACUUGUUUCACCCACUGGCAAUGUUGGUGUUAAUGUAACAUGGACAUUUGAAGUUGGAAAUAUCACAAGAAUUCAUAUGGCUAUCUACAAAAUGCAAGCUGCCCAAUGGGCUGCUAUUGGUCUUAAUCUUAAUCGAUCGAUGGCCCCAGCUCAUGUGUUUGUUUGUCGACGACUCGUUAAUGAUACGGUUGAUAUGAGCAGAUUUAUGAAUCCUGGCAAGCAUCAACAUCCUCUUCCAGCUGGAAUAGCACAAGGUGGAGUAUUCACAGUAGAAAAAGCAACAUUUGACGCAGGUGUAGUUAUUUGUCAAUUUACAUUAUCAAAUUUUACUACUAUGACAAUGAAAAACUCAAACGACGUCCCGAUACUUUCGCAAUCGAUACCCUAUCAUCCAUUAGUUGCUAUUGGAGCACUCAAUGCUACAAAUAGUAUGAAAGAACAUGGUUCUGAUUCUUUCAAAGCUCUUCCUCAACUUGUGCAACUCAAUUGUACAGAAGUUAUUACAUAUCAUCUAGAAUCAUCAAAAGUUCAUGGCAAAAGCAAAUUUCUAAAAGUUCUUGAUGAUAAAAUGGCUAUGUGA